UGAAGGCGGCGGCGGAGCGACACAGGCGGAGCUCUCAUUCAUUCAUGCGGCUUAUGCUUCUUCUCCUCCGGACAACUCCGCUGCUGUUCCCGCUGCUCUGAAACCGGGAAUACACGUUUGCGUUUCCAAGUGAAUAAUGCUGCGCUGAGAGACCGGAGCGGGGGGGACGGACUGCUGAGGUUUCACCGCGUCGGUUUAUUCACAUGUGAAAGGAGACAGCGUCUCGGCUGCUCAGAGGCUGUUUCUCGCAGUUUGGGAAAGGAUACGAGGGGAACCUGCACCCGGAUUACUGCUCUUUGAGGACAACAUGCCUCAGACACCGCCAUUCACAGGGCAGCUGAACACAGGCAGCUACAACAAGAACCUGUACCAGACCAAGGAGGACGGAUACUCCGGCCUCUAUUAUCAUGACAACAACCUGGUGUCCGGGUCCCUGGAGGCCCUCAUUCACCACUUGGUCCCAACUGUAGAUUAUUAUCCAGAUAGGACGUACAUCUUCACCUUCCUGCUCAGCUCUCGCCUCUUCAUCCACCCAUAUGAGCUCAUGUCCAAGGUGUGUCACCUGUGCAUGGAGCAACAGCGACUCAGCGAUCCCCAAGCUGACAAGAUGAGAGUCAGGAAGAUCGCUCCCAAGAUCCUUCAGCUCCUGACAGAGUGGACGGAGACCUUCCCGUAUGACUUCAGGGACGAGAGGAUGAUGCGCAGCCUGAAGGAGCUGACCCACCGGCUGGCCAGUGGAGACGAGGUUUACCGGAAGGCGGUUGGCCAGAUGAGCCAGGGCCUGAUCAGGAGGCUGACGGUGCUCAGCCAGUACGAGGAGGCGCUGGUCAAGAUUAACGCCACAGCGGCCGAACGACUGACGGCUCUGAAGGCGAAGCCCCAGGCAGCCAUCCAGAGAGAUAUGCUGUCCAUCUGCAACGACCCCUUCACUGUCGCACAGCAGCUCACGCACAUAGAACUGGAGAGACUGAGUUACAUCGGACCUGAAGAAUUUGUCCAGGCCUUCGUCCAGAAAGACCCUCUGGACAACGAUAAGAGUUGCUUCAGUGAUCACAAGAAGGCCAGCAACCUGGAAGCUUAUGUUGAAUGGUUCAACAGACUCAGUUAUCUGGUGGCUACAGAAAUCUGCAUGCCCGUGAAGAAGAAGCACCGAGCUCGAGUCAUCGAGUUCUUCAUCGACGUGGCGCGCGAAUGCUUCAACAUCGGCAACUUUAACUCCCUCAUGGCCAUCAUCUCUGGGAUGAACAUGAGUCCUGUGUCUCGGCUGAAGAAGACCUGGAGUAAAGUCAAGACGGCAAAGUUUGACAUCUUAGAACACCAGAUGGAUCCUUCCAGCAACUUCUACAACUACCGAACAGCACUGAGAGGAGCCACGCAGAGGUCGAUCACUGCCAACAGCAGCAGAGAGAAGAUUGUCAUCCCUUUCUUCAGCCUCCUCAUCAAAGACAUCUACUUCCUCAAUGAGGGAUGUGCCAACAGGCUGCAGAACGGACACAUCAACUUUGAGAAAUUCUGGGAACUUGCCAAACAGGUGAGCGAAUUCAUGACCUGGAAGAAGGUGGAGUGUCCGUUCGAGAAGGAUCGCAAGAUCCUGCAGUACCUCCUGACUGCGCCGGUCUUCACUGAAGAUGCAUUGUAUCUGGCUUCAUACGAGAGCGAAGGUCCUGAGAACAACAUGGAGAAGGACAGAUGGAAGUCUCUGAGAUCCACUCUGCUAAGCAGGGUUUAAACUUCUAAACUGAAGAAACCAGAUUGAAGACAAACCCCUGACAAGCAAGCCGUGCCCGCUCAGCGCCGCUGUUGUCCAAACAAAGUAUUCCCGUGUUGGAAGGGAAAUGACAAUCUGUACUUUGGCUGGCGAGGACCCUUUGUGUUCCCUCCAGCUUCAGAUUUCUAUUAAGCUCUGCUACUCCUUGCCCUCCUGCUCUCUGUGCUGUAUAUUUCAGCACAGCUGAUUUUUCAUCUCUUUGUAUGACUUUGUAAAGUCUUUUUUUUUAAAAGAGGAAAAAAAAAGAGCCACCACAAACUGUCACAAUAAAAGCCAGGGGAGAUGCUUUUUCUUGUCCGAAGCAUUUCGCCCUGAUAAACCCUCUGUGAGCGUUGACACAGUCGUUGGGGUUGUUUGUUCCCCCGCCACUUUUAAACACUUUUUUUUUUCCACUGAAACUACAGAGUUAGCUGCUGGAUGGCUAACGCAACACAAACGCGCCUCUCUCUCUCUCCCUCCCCCUCUCUCUCUCUCUCUGGUUCCACAAGCCAGCAUUCUCUGUUCGGAGAAGUUGUACCUUAACCCGUAACACUUGCGCAUCGUUAAGCUAGCCCUUAUUUGUGGUUUUGUUUUGUCUCUUUCCUUUUGUAUGACACCUGCGAAUCUUUCGCCUCAUGUUUUCUGAAGCUUUUAUUAAUUGUGAUGUGUAAGAGAAAAUGCACUGGCUGCAUUUUGAUGAUGUAACAGAGUUUUGUUUUGUUUUGUUGUAUAAAGUUGUGUGAUUUUCUUAAGCAGGAAGCAAGAUCAGCAUCUUGUUGUUUUGUGUUUAACCCACUCACGGCCUCAGCGUGCUUCAAAUGAAUUAAGAUGUCGGUAAGAUUCAACCAAAGUGUUUCCCUUAUGGUUAAACGGCAUCUGACACCCCCUCAUCUGGGGGUUUAAGAUGCUGUGGGAUGCUCUGACAAAGCUUUGGUUUGAGGCAGACUGAGGGCUUCAGCAGUGAGCUGAAACUGAAGGUGUGAUGAUGAUGAUGAUGAUGUGUGCUUCCUGUUGUUCCUGAUAAUCUAUGUUUAAAAGGCCCUGUGCUGCCGAGGGAAUAAGCUAGACUGUGGGCUGACAUUCAUACUUUCCCUUUUGUUCCUGUUCUACCUGCUAAUGUAGAAAACGAGUGUGGUUGUGCUGCCCCCUGGUGGUUCGGUCUGAAAAGUGAAUGGAUUUGUGUGGUUGAGUAAUGUGAACCCGACACAGGCUAAAUAAUAUCCUUUGUUACUUUUCCCAUUAUCAAAAGUAUAGUUUCCUCCCUGAUUGUUUUAUUUAUAAAUCUAUAUGUGUAGUCACAUUAUGUCCUCAUGCCAAUAUUUACUAUUAUUUUAUUGUUAUUUAAUUUUGUACUAGGUACAUAACAUGCUUAAGUAGUCCUCAGAUAUUGGCUUUAUUAUUAUUAUUUUUUAUACAAGUUUGUAUGAGACACUUAUUUUUCAAGGUACUAGCUCAGAGUAUGAAGUUAAAUACCUUUGACUGAUGUCUGCUUUGCCUUGACUGCUCCUCCCUCACCACAGAGUGCUGUUGUGUUUUAUUGUGUACAUACUGUUUUCUUUUCCCCUCGCUGUGCUCAUCCAGUUGUAUUUGGAUUGUUAAAAUGGAAUAGAGGAACCGUUUAUAAAUGAGUUAGUUGUGUUUAAAAGACAAAGUUAAUAAAAGAAUGUAUAAAAUUA